AUGCUCACACAGCAGCAGCAGCAGCAGCAGCAGAUUCAACAUGGCAGAAGGCUCAUCUUCGAAAAGAGCAAAUGGGCGACAAGAUGGCGACGCCCAGGUGCCGUCGGCGCGGCACUCAUCGUCGUCGUCUCGCUCGACAUCAUCAUCCGCAACAGCCAACUCCCGUCUCGGAUCCCCUCCGCGAUACGCAGCACCACGUCGCAGCGGCCCCUGACACUCAACCGCGGGCCGACGCAGCGUGACUGGGUCGACAAGGAGUACCUCGACGAGAACCCUUGGUACGGCGUGGCUAGGCAAAAGCCUGUCUUCAGCCUUGGCCAGCCUUUGCCUCACACAGCUCGGCGACGGCACACCGAGAAGCACACGAUCGGAAAAGCAGGAGACCCAGAUGUUGAGGCUGCUGAGACAGCGACCACUUUGGGGCCGUCCCAGCAGGAUGACCAGGCAGUGCCGCAUCUAUUCCAAGAUACGAGCAGGUUCGCGCUCGACGCAGAGCCUAUCGGACAUAGGGAACGGGAAGAGGUCGAGGAGGGUUUCCGGGAUCCCGAUGAGCUUCGCAACUGGUGGGCUUCCUUUCGGGCCCGUCAUCCGGAACUCCUGGCCGAGUUUCUCGCUACCACCGUAUCCAUCUUCCUCGGCGUCGCCGGCACCCUCACCGUCAACCUCUCCGCAGACCCGUCCACCAUCUACGGCACCUUCGAAGCAGCCUGGUCCUCGGGCUUCGCCUGGAUGCUGGGCAUAUACAUCGGCGGCGGCGUGUCGGGCGCGCACAUGAACCCCGCCGUGUCGGCGUCGCUCAGCGUCUUCCGCCGCUUCCCCUGGCGGCAGUGCGCCGCCUACGUCCUCGUCCAGCUGCUCGCCGCCGCGGCCGCGGGGUCGCUCGCCUACGCCGUCUUCCGCGACGCCAUCCGUAAUGCCGAUGGCCCGGCGCGCGAGACGGCGUGGACGGCGUUUUGCGCGACGCGCAGGGAGUGGAUGAGCACGGGGGGCGCGGCGUUGAGUCAGGUGGUGCAGAGUGCUGUUAUGAUGAUCAUGGUGUUUGCGCUGGGGGACGAUCAGAAUGACCCGCCUGGAGCGGGCAUGCAUGCCUUUAUCCUCGGCCUUCUUGUAACGACGCUGAAGCUCACGCUGGGCCACAACACCGGGUCGGCUUUGAACCCGGCCGCAGACUUUGGCCCCAGGCUCGUUAUGCUCGGCGUCGGAUACGGUCGCUCUGUCGUCUUCGGGGACGCGUGGUGGGUGAUUGGACCUUGGGCUGCCAACUUGGCAGGGGCGCUUCUUGGGGGAAUCGUAUAUGAUGGGUUCAUAUUUGUGGGUUCAGAGAGCCCUGUCAAUCGUCGCAUCAAGCUGUCUAGAUAG